CACGACAAGAUUCAACAUGAGUAUCCAGAUUGUAAGAUCAAAAGUAUUUGCACACACGACACAUGAAACAGAAUGGAUGAUGUAGAAAUCGCUGUUGUUGGCAUUGGAUGCCAUUUUCCUGGAGGUGAGGGACUUGAAAACUUCUGGAGAGUUCUUAUUAAUGGGGAGAACUGUGCAGCUGAGAUACCAAAUGACAGGUUUAAUCUCUCUCAAUGGUACGAUCCAGAUGAGAGUAAAACAGGAAAGACAUACACAGCAAAGGCAGCACUUAUUGAUGGGAACGACCCUCAAGAUCAUCCAAUUUAGCACACAGGGCCUUAUUAACUGCAGGAAUUUCCUGACAAGAGGCCUCAAGGUCAGAAUCCUCUGACAAGGUCUUUUAUGCAAAUCUGUUACGCUUUUUUUUUUAUGCAAAUUAACUUCUGUCCCCAAAAGGUAUAAACUACCCGGGUCUGGGGUCUUGAUUAAUGCAAAUUCCCACUGUAAGUUCAUGCUUUUCUUUGGAUGAUGUUUUGUCAUGGUCUGAGUAUUUAAAGAAAUGUUGCAAUAGGCUCAGGGCAGUUCUGUAAGCAGAUCAGCCCAUAAUUAUGUGUUUUCUUGAGGUCAGGUAUAUCUUUUUCCUCUUUAUAUGUGAGCAUUUAAUAUUUUGUGUUGACCAUUUUGAAUUGAGUAACUGGCAUGACACUUUUACCUGACAAUAAUAAAUAACUGCUAUUGAAUUUAUUCUGAUUGACUCUAAUUUAAUUUUUUACAUUUUAAAUCCAAUGCUUUAAAUCCAUAACACUACAAA